AUUUUUGUUAUUGUGGUAUAUUGUUUUGUACUAAUAAAGACGAACAAACUCCAAAACUAUACACAAAGAGAAGAGAGGAAAAAAUUCAUCACAUCAAGAACUUGGCGGUGCCUUCAAGUGUCGUGCAUGCAAUUUGUGCCAUCUCUCCAUCAUCAUCAUCAUCAUCUCUUCCUCUUUGUAUUACUUUGCAUGCAUACACGCUUUCUCUCUCUAAACCCCCUUCCCCCAAAUCUCCUCUGUUUUUUUCCUCCCUCUUUCUCUCUCUGUAAAAUCUGAUUCUGCUUCUAUCUUUCUUCUUCUCUCUACUAUUAGUAUUUUGUUGUUGUUGUGUUUUUUUUGGGUCUUUUUAAUCUUCUCUCUACCUAAACAAACCCACCGGCCGUUACAAUUUCAAUCCCAUUGCCACCGUCCGCCGCUCCUCCGCCGCUCCUCUGCCCCCCCUUUUGACUUGACCCAGUUUCAGAUUCGGGUUCUGAUUUAUCUCCGGCGGUGUUUUUGAGUGUUGCCAGCUGCUUAAUUGAAGUCUCGCUUACAUGUGGACGUCCAAAUUUUUUUUUUCAAUAAAGGAUUGAUUGAUGAUUCAUAAUUAAAUCUUUUGGGGAGGAGAUUAAUAAGCCAUGAUGUCCAAGAUUUGCAUGAACGAGUCGUGCCGUUUGACGACGUCGUCCGAAUGGAAGAAUGGUUGGGUACUCAAAUCCGGUGGAUUCGCCACACUUUGUUACAGCUGCGGAGCUGCAUAUGAGAAAUUUGCUUUCUGCGAUACAUUUCAUAGGAAGGAGGAUGGUUGGAGGGAUUGCAGGAUAUGUGGGAAGCCUAUGCAUUGUGGAUGUGUGGCAUCAAAACUGCUGAUUGACUGCCUGGAUACCGGAGGCGUGGCGUGUGCAAGCUGUGUUAAGAGUAGGGAUGCUACUCCUUUACAACCAGUGCAGAUAUUAGGAGAUGAUAUUAUUGCCAAUGGAACAGUGAAUAUAGAUGUGGUACCCACUGUUGGAAAGCGCAGGAAUUUCGGUGACCUGUUGCAAAUUGGCAGUAGUUUUGAUAUAAGUGGUUCCAGAAAGGUGCUGAAAACUCAGAUUUAUGGCAAUGCAUCAUCAUAUCUAGGGCAGAGUAGAAGUGAAGGAACUAUGCUUCCUUUUGGGGAAGUCAACAUAGGCUCUCCACAUUUUGCCCAGCAGCCACUUGGAUCAUCCAUAUAUCUUACACCUGAGAGUCAUAGAGCAGAACCAGGAGUUAAAGACAUGCAUGAGUCUCUUGUUCAGUCACCUCUAAAUAUGUCGUUGAGCAAUACUUUGAGUGCUUCAAGCUCAGGGAUUCCAUUUUCUGAUGCGCAUGUUGAAGGAAGUGACCAGAACAAAGGUUCUCCAUCACAAAGGAGCCGCAAUGUUCUUCCAAAACCUCCUAAGCCUGUCUCUAGUGCAGGCUCUGAUGCUACAAGAUCCCCUUCACAACCACGCAUUGCAAGGCCUCCUGCUGAAGGACGAGGCCGUAGUCAGUUGCUUCCUCGCUACUGGCCCAGAAUUACAGAACAAGAACUGCAGCAGAUCUCUGGAGACUUAAAAUCUACAAUUGUACCGUUGUUUGAGAAGGUUCUUAGUGCCAGUGAUGCUGGUCGGAUAGGUCGUCUUGUCCUGCCAAAAGCAUGCGCUGAGGCAUACUUCCCUCCUAUCAACCAAUCAGAAGGUCUUCCAAUUAGAAUACAGGAUGUGAAGGGGAAAGAAUGGACAUUCCAGUUCAGGUUUUGGCCCAAUAAUAACAGCAGGAUGUAUGUCUUGGAAGGGGUUACUCCUUGCAUACAGAACAUGCAAUUACAAGCGGGUGAUACUGUCACAUUUAGCCGAAUAGAUCCUGGUGGACAGCUUGUCAUGGGCUUCCGAAAGUCAACCAGUAAUGUUGAUAAUCAGGAUCAACCAUCUUCUGGCCUUCCUAAUGGUGGUUCUUCUGGGGAAAAUUCACAUUCUGGUGCAAGUGACAACAUGCUCAAUGGAAGUCACACUGGAGAAGAUUCCUUGCAACAGCAAACAUUAAUAUCAGAGAAAAAGAAGGCACGUAAUAUUGGGAAAAACAAGAGGCUCCUCAUGCAUAGUGAUGAUGCCCUUGAACUUAGAGUGACAUGGGAGGAAGCGCAAGAGCUGCUGCGUCCACCUCCCACCAAUAACCCUACUAUUAUCAAAAUUGAUGACUAUGAGUUCGAGGAAUAUGAUGAACCACCUAUAUUUGGGAAAAAGACCACAUUUACGGUUGGACCAUCCGGGAAGCAGGAACAGUGGGUUCAGUGCGACAAUUGCAGUAAAUGGCGGAAAUUGCCGGUGGAUUAUCUUGUUCCUGCAAGUUGGACAUGUUCAGACAAUAUUUAUGACCCAAACAGUUCAUGUUCUGCUCCUGAUGAGAUAAAUCCGAGGGAAGAGGAUGCUCUCAAUAAAUCCAGAAAGGGUAUGAGCCGAUUUCUUAUUUGAAUUCCCCAAAGAUUUUCCUAUUUUUGUUCUCUGUGUUACAGAUCUGGAUUUGUCUGGUUUAUGUGUAAUUUUACCAUGGCUUCUUCUCCAGCAACAUGCCUUAAGAUGGUUCUUGCAUGUGAAUCCAAAGUCACAAUACAUUUUGGAAGAAGGAAAAGAAAAGUCAUUUGAAGUUGUUUGCCAAUGUUUUUUAUCUUGUUAUUUUCGACAAAAAUGGGUCAUGGAUCCCUUACAUUUCACUGGAACUGAUAAAUUUGCCACAUCUGUUCACUUUUGGAAGAAAAGCAUAAAUUUUGAAUGUGCGCAAGCCAUCUUCAUCUGGUUAUACAGCCAUUAUGUUGCUAGGGGUUCUUGAGUUAUGCUUUUCUUUGUCGUUGGAUUUAUUCCAGCCAGAUUGUUUUUAAAUUGUUCGGAUGCAUUCCUAACUCGUUACCUUUUACCAGAUUAUAAGAGGAAAAUGAUUGGAAGUAGCGUGGAAAGUGAGCCCUCUGGCUUAGAUGCAUUAGCUAAUGCAGCGGUUUUAGGGGACAACACAGCAGACUUGGCCGAGAGCUCAGUUGAAGCAACAACGACGAGACAUCCUCGGCAUCGUCCGGGAUGCAGUUGUAUCGUAUGUAUUCAGCCUCCAAGUGGAAAGGGGAAGCACCCACAACAGUGUAAGUGCACUGUCUGCGCUACUGUGAAACGCCGCUUUAAAACACUAAUGCAACGUAAGAAGAAGCGCCAAUCGGAAAGAGAAGCUGAACUUGCCCAGGGUCUUACCCAAGAUAAUUCCAAAGAGGCGUCUGCAAUGGAGGGUGCAACUGAGGUUGCAGUAGUGGAGGUGAAUCAGCUGGAUGCUGACAUAAGCCAGGCUGGGAACCAAGUGGAUGUGGAAGAGAGUGGCAAGGGACAUUUGGACCUCAACAGCCAUCCCGGGAGGGAGGAGGACAUGUUGGCUGAGGCGGCCGCAGGAAUAAACAUGGAUUCACUCAUUGAUGCCGCCAGCAUUCCGCUGGACAUUUACUUGAGGCAGAAUGGGAUCUCAAGCUUGAGCCAAGCAUCGACGUCCCAUCUUACCAGUGGAAUUGAAGUUGUUGCUGAUGAAGGAUGCAGCAGUUCAGCCAAUGGUGAACCGGACAAGAAGGUUGAUGAUGAAUAGUUAUUAUACACAGAUAAAGAAGUAGGUAGUUUGCAAGAAAACUCUGAUGAGGUGGUUUUUUUGGAGAAAGUUACAGGUCUCCUGUCUUGUGAGUUAUUACUUUUAAUACAUCUUUUGGUGAGAAAAAAUACUGAGCAUAGCCACAAUUAGAAAUUCCCAAUUUGUUGGGGGUAUUUUCAUCCAUCAUUUUUUUUUUCCGUGCCGUAAUUACUGCAUCAGUUGAAUUUUUGUGUGCUUUGUAGUAUUAGCCUAUUAGGCUGUAAAAUUUGCCUACUAGCUCUGUGAAUCAAAAGUAUUGUAGUCUGUAGUUAGGGUUUUGUAGAAAGAAAGUUGUCAUUUCUGGAUUUGUAACAGAAUCAGCCCACGCACUUGAAACAACCGUUAGCCCGCCUUCACUUUUCUUGAAAUCAUGCCCAAAGCAAGACUUCUUUCAGAAGUAUGACAUUGGUCAUGUACGCCGGCAUCGAAACAAGGUAGCCGACGCCUUGGCCAAGUUUGGAUUCCUCUGCCCAGUACGGAGACAUAUCCUUUCCACAUCCCCAACUAGUGUUGCAGAUCUCCUUAUCUCAGACAAACUAGCGAG